AUGGCGGCUUUCAUCGAACGAACCCUGAACGCCAAGGUUGUCGCACUGCUCCCCGGACUCAUGCGCGGCGCUGCACCGCCCGAGCUGACGGAGACGUUGAAUGCCAUCAACAAGAAUAUCGUGACCAACCAGCGGCGCCCGAGUGACACGCCGUCAUUCUACAACGUGCAAUUCGCCUCCGAGGCGCUUGGCAAGUCAUGGCGGGGCAAGGUGCAACAGCUCCAGCAAGACCUUGAGUGGCCGCGCCAGCUGGCCGGCACGGAUCCCAAGGCCCGCACCACCACGCUCAACGUCGGCGAACUGCGCCAGCUGCGCGAGAACCUGCGCACCGCGAGCUCCAACUGCGCUCGUCUCAACGCCAGUGCGCUGGAGGCCUCGCUGCGGACCCUCGAGCUGGUGCUCGCGCACCCGCAGUACCUGUCGGCGAUUGCGCAAGUCCUCAACAACGCUCUCGUUGAGUUGACCCGCGACGUGGACGCCACGGGCUCAGGCGCGUUCGGUGCGUCCACGAACCGCAUCUUCGGCACAUUCAUCGCCGAGCUUGAAAGCCAGGUGCAAGGGCUUGAGGCCAACUGGGUGCGCCCCGAAGAGCUCGUGCAAAAGGUCGGGAUGGUCGGCGGCGCGCUGCGCGACUUCCUGCUGCACCUGACGAAGGCUGAGCAGGAAGACCACAGCCCUCCGCAAGGGCCGUUGAUCGUCCAGGAGGACGCGCGCGAGGCAAUGACGCCCUCCACGUCGCACACGCCGCCGAACCAGAUCGCUCCGCUCGCCGAUGGCACGGACGACUGCGAGCCAGGCCUGAUGGACUGCGUAGACACGCUGGUCGAACCCGAUGUCGAGGUUGCAACCGAUCACGUUCCGGCGCCCUCCGACGACGAACUCAACGCGCUCUGCGAGGCUCUCGGCCCGAGCGAAGCGCCGCCGGAUGGGUUCAGAUAUCCGGAAGUGACCGUCGGCGAGCUCGACGCCGACGUAAAACCGGACCAGCGCCUGCUGGAUCUGCAGCGCGACCCGUCACGUCAGGUGGCGCUGGUGAAAGAGCUCCUAGACGACGCGAAGCUCAACGGCGAGCGUGCUGUCCUGGUGGGGCCGCGCUACACGUGGUCUGACGAGGAAGGCUUCCAGCGAAGGCUACGCGAAGAGGCUCUCGACAAUUCGCGCUUCGUCGCCGCCGGUAUCGCCCGGGUUCCCGGGGCCUGGGAAGUCAUCCUCGACGGUGGCGGAGACCACACAACCGCCAUUCGGCUCCUCCUCGAACACGGUCUGGCCCCCAAGUGGCAGUCGAUUGCGCUCGCGGACCCGAAGAAGAUCGCUGCGGUGCACAGCUCCCUCGUUAGGAACCUCGGAGAGGUUGACGCUCGCUUCUUCUUGUCCACGGCGGCCGACCAGGGAGUCCGCGAGGGCACGCUCAACAUCAAGCUGCACAACCUGAAGUCCGCGUACCGUUACGCGCAGCAGAUUGCAAAGACCAUUAAAGACUGGCUCCUCGCGGGAGUGGUCGGCCUCUGGGACCCGUCCUGGGGCGCGCCGGCCAUGACGCUGCCACUGGGCGCAGUGGCUCAACACGACAAGGGCAAGAUGGUUGAGUUGAUCUCGCGCCUUCGCGCAAUCUCAGACCGCCGGAGCUGGGACCGCCACGCCCGGGACCAGCGUGGUCUCGCUUCCCUCGUGGGCAAGCUCACGUCGCUGCUGCCGGCGGUGCCUUCCAUUCGCCUCCACCUGGUGCACUUGUACGCCGUGGUCGCGGGCCGCGACGACCCGGAGCUGCUGAACGCCGCGCGUCUUCCGUGA